CGGCCAGCUAGGAUUGCUGCAGUGGGAUUGGAUGUUUAUGAGAAAGAACCGGUGGUGAACGAGAAGUUGAUUAAGAAUAAUCCCGCUUUAAUGGUUCCUCAUCUUGAGACUCAUACGAUGGAGACAUUGGGGAAGAUGGAAGAAUGGGCGAUGGAGAAUGUGAGAAGGGCUGUUCUGGGGGAAGAUUUACUAUCGCCUGUUCCGGAGCAGUUGUAA